UCGAAAACCUGGCAUACAAAAAGGACAGCUGGAUCAAUAAGAAGACCUUGUACAAGCGUCACAUCCGGCACAAGCUGCCCGAGGGUCACGCCGACCGGGCUGUGGACGGUGACCUUGACCUCAGGCUGCAGAGCUGCACCAUCCUGGACAACCUGUACGGGAAGUACCCGCUGUGGACCGUGGACCUGGGCCACAAGACCACCGUGUCGGGUGUGGUCAUCUACACCUGGCAGGGGGACGGGCAAGAAAAAGGGACAUCAUUCAGGGAGUACAUGAAAAACCUGGACCAACUCGUCGUCUACGUGGACGACAAGAUCCAGAAGAAAGAUGACGAGCACGACGAAUCCUACGCCUCCGGGAACAUGUGCAACUACAUCACCUCCCUCAACAACGCCCUCUUCAACAAGAAGCUCGUCCUCCAGUGCGUCCGCUCGCAGGUCGGGCGCUACGUGCUCAUCGAGGCCUGGGGGAGACAGAUCGGCUGGUCGCGUUUGUUUGGGGCAGUUCUGUGUGAGGUCCAAGUUUUUAACUGAGUCCAGAGCUUAAUUAAUCGGAUCACCAGUUUUAGCCAAAGAUUUAUCAAGUGGACUUAUACAUCGUCAAAUUAGCUCUGAAUUGGGAUUUUGUUUUUUAUGCUGCAAAUUACAAAGCCACGGCUAUAUAAUCAAAUACAAUAGGCCUAUAUUAUUAAUAUAACCCAAAAGUGUUUUUAAUCAGCCAAUGGGUAUCAAUGUUUUUGGGUUAAAUCACCAAUAGAAAUAGUUCUAAUAGAAGCUAACUGAGUUGUAUAAAGUUUUUUAAAAUUUAAAAAAACAAAAAAAUAGGAUCUUCUGGGCUGUUUUUUUUUUUUACAAUGGUUAAUUUUAAUUUGAAACUGGUGGUGGUAUGUACAAAUUAUUAACCUAAGGUUUGAUAAAUAAAAUAAUUAGUAAUUUAUUAAUUAAUAAAACAUCGCUCUUUAUAAAGAAUUUUAAACAAGGAUAAUAUCUAUGCUAAGGAAUUCAAAAAGUGUAUUUUCCAGUUGUUAAAAAAAAAACAUUUUAAUGGAACAUGCAGGAUAUUUUGGCUAAAACUGGUAUAUAAAUCUAAGAUGGAGCAUAUGCUCCAUAACAUACAGAGCAUACAUCAAGUUUACAUCAGACCAGACUUUACAUACACUCUAUGUUCAUACUUUUAAAAUUUUGGAUUUGUAACUUUGAUGUGUGCUACAGAUUAUGGAAAAAACCUGUAAAAUAUUCUUCAUUCAUCACAGACAGAAUUGUGACUUAAUAUUUUUGUUGAAUGAGACUCAUAGAAAAGGGGAGCAAGAAUGAUGGAUACAAGAGUUAUUAAACUUUAUUUCCUGGAUAUAUUAAAGCUAGCUUUGUGAAAAAACAAAAAAUAUGCUAUGGACUAAACUAUAUAAUGUGCUUAUGCAAGUGGAUAAAUCAUACAGAGUGGAAAUAAACCAAAGGCUGUAUUCGCACUAUGAAUAGUCUGAGGUUCCACAUGGUAAUCAUAUCUGUCAGUAAACAAUUUACAUGACCUCGUAAACAAAUUUGUUUUUUAAAUCACUCACACCAAAAUUGUGAAGCAGGACGACAAGAGACCAAAUAAAAUUGGCUGCAUUGAUUAAAUGAUGGUGCGCGGCAUCACAAUAUACCAACGAAAAUGGUCGUAUUGAUUAAACGAUGUUGCGCACCAUGACAAGAUACCAACGAAAAUGGUUGCAUGAUUAUACGAUGGUGCUACAGUCAUGUAUUCCAUUCUUGACCUAUAACCAUGGAUUAAAAACACCAUCUACACAGAUAUUCAUAAUUCUUUAAAGACUAAACAUCUACUACAGUUGUAGCUGAUACAAACCAAGCCAUAAUAUUGUGGACCCAGCCCCAACAAGAAAUAAAACUAAAAACUUUGAAUAUUUACUCAUUUACUGUGUAUAUUAAAAUAAUAAUAACAAUACAUCCUUAUUUAUAAAUCUUUAAAGCUGUAUCUUAAAUAUGAAAUAAAAAGAAAUGAUUUAGAAAUAUUAGUUUUUUGUGUUCUUUUAGUUAAAGAGAGAUAACUCCUGUAUUAUGUUCUACAGUAGGUUGUUGUUACUGAUAACAUUUUACUAUAAAAUAUUUAAGCUCAUAACGCUGGAAUUUUUUUUUAAAAGCAAAAAAAAAAUUGUUCCUAUAUUUUUAUAAUUUGUAACCUUAGUAAUAAUUAUAAGAAUUUAAAAUUGUGUUAUAAAUAAACUUGUACAAAAAUAAAAUUCACGACAAUGCUUAAUUUUACAAGAGGAGUGUUAAAAAAUAUGCUAAUCAUAAAUUGUCAGCCCAAUGGAGCAUUUUGGGAUGCCGAUUUUUUUUUUUUUUGUAUUUUGAUUUGUGAAUAACGUUCAUUAAUCCAUUCGAAAGGAUAAGCAGUACCAUAUCUACUAUGAAGCAAAUGGGCAAAGCUUAAUUGUUUAUUAUGGCUUUUACUUAUUGCAUACUGGUAACUAAAUAUUUAUAAUGGGUUUUUUUUUUAAUGACUGCAUGUCAGAAUUGAGAUACAAUUUUUUUUUAAUUUCAAAUUCAUGUUAAUUUAACAAUAAAAACUAAUAUAAAAAACUUCUUAUUUUCAAAUUAUAAUUUAUAAUAAAAUAUUGUAUUUUUUUUUUAUCUAACAAAAUAUCUUAAAUUUUUAAUUUUGUGAAACUGAUAAAUGAAAACAAAACAAAAAAAUAUGUUUUUCUUGUACCAGAUGUAUAAACUUUUAAAAAUUAUUUAAAACCAAAAAAAAAGACAUUAAAAGCAUUGUUUACGUUUGUGUGUACAAUAUUGUUCAAGCUUUCACUACCUCUAUGUGUAUUUAUGAUGUAAUUAUGAUUUGCAUGUAGCCACAAUUACACCCCUGCUAAAAACUAUACGUCUGUGUAACAGCGACUGUAAACACGAAUAGGCUUUUACCAUUUGUGCUUGUUGUCACGUCACAUCAAAGAUUACAUAUAACCCUAACUGUAGCAGCAGUCAGUGUACAUAAUAAUACCUUCAUCACAGACAUAUAUCUCUACGUGUACAUUAGAAUAGAAGAAAGAAAAUUUGAAGAAAUGAGAAAAUGGAUGGAGAAAAAAGAAGAAUUAAUGCUUAUCACAAAAAUGUUCUUGUAAAUAUGAACAAUCUGUUUUACGAACUCACAUGUAGUUCUCUACAACUGCAAAAACUGGGGAAGGGUAGGGGGGGUGGAGGUGGAUCAAUCACACUAGUGAGUGUGUGUUAGACAGAGUGUCUUUGUAAAGCUAGAUCCACUUUCUUUACCAUUAAUUUUGUGUGUAUAUAUAUAUAUAUAUAUAUAUAUAUAUAUAUAUAUAUA